UUCGCCCUCAUGCAUAUGUAGCACGCGAAGCCGGGAGGUCGCACACAAAGGAGACACUGGAAUUGAACACCAUCACGUCCACAAAUUGAUGAUGGAAGCAGAAAGCCAGCCCCAGAAUCCUGACUCUGUUCCUGAAACAUAUGUAAUCACAGACUACGAUGAAGCAUUGCUGGAAACAGGUGAUCUCCAGAAACAAUCUGUUACAGACACAUUGGAAAGUGGUGAUUUCCAGAACCACUUUUUGGCUGACACAAGUGGAAACACGGAAUGUGAUGAAUCAUUGCUUGAAACAGGGAAUGUCAAGAAACGCAGACGCCGUGGGAGGUCACCAAAGCAGCCUCACAUGUGUCGGGAAUGUGGGAGAACAUUUGUCCAAUCAGGAGACAUGAAAAGACACAUGCUUCGCCACAGUGGAGUGAAGCCUUAUCAGUGUGGAGAGUGUGGAAAAUCGUUUACACAGUCAGGGAGCCUGCACACUCAUUUGAGGAUUCACAGUGGAGUCAAGCCGUAUCAGUGUGUUGAAUGUGGAAAAGAAUUUACGCAAUCAUGUAACCUGCAGUCACACAUGAGGAGCCACAAUGGAAUCAAGCCUUAUCAGUGUACCGAAUGUGGGAAAGAAUUUACACAAUCAUGUAACCUGCAGUCACACAUGAGGAGCCACAGUGGAAUCAAGCCCUAUCAGUGUACUGAAUGUGGGAAAGAAUUUACACAAUCAAGUAACCUGCAGUCACACAUGAGAAGUCACAGUGGAAUCAAACCUUACCAGUGCAAUGAGUGUGAGAAAACAUUUACACGCUCAAGCCACCUGCAGGCCCAUCUGAGAAUUCACAGUGGCAUCAAGCCGUAUAUGUGUCGGGAAUGUGGGAGAACGUUUACUCAAUUGGGUGACAUGAAAAGGCACAUGAUUUGCCACAGUGGAUUGAAGCCUUUUCAGUGUGGCGAGUGUGGUAAAACAUUUACACGCUCCGUUUACCUGCAGACACAUAUGCUUUGUCACACUGAAUUGACGUCUCAAUGAAUAAUGAGUGUGAGAAAACUUUCUAAUGUAUACACCACAACUGAUGAAUGAUAAAUCAAUGACCGUAUUAUUAGUUAAUCCUUGGAAGACAGAAUGUUACGUGUUUUUGUCAUGCAUGGGCUCUUGACACCUAGAGAUUUGUGUAUUCAAUUUACUCUAUAUAAUAAUCUCAUUAAAAUCAGAUGUUCAUGCUAUCACUAAACAAAGAUCUGAGGACAUCCCAUUACGGGUCACGUCAGAACGACUUUCAUCCGACCAAUCAAAGCGUCGCUUACCAGAUCAUGAAAGUAACAGUCGGAAUGUGUUUUCUAAUCAUGCAACCUCGAAAAUGUUAACACGGGGUAUUCCAAACGACAGUUACGGCCCAUACGGCUGAUUCCGUCAAAAUUAUCAUCUAUCUAUGGGAUAAACAUAAGAAUGGAGAAGGCGUUGCACAGUACAUGGGAAGCACUGCCAUACAAUCUCAACCAUAUAUUAGACAUUCCAGAAUGUUCGUUUGUUCAGUUUUCUAAAAUUUAAUUGAGGACUGUGUCAACAUAUCUUUGAAGUGUAGUCUGAAAUGAGUGUCGCCAGGAUGAACGAGUGCCGUAAAAGUCGAGAAAGCUGCCUUCUAAUAGGCUGAUGUUGACUUCUUGUUAGUCAUUUCAGUGGUUGGGCACAGUUCGCGAAAGGUCGUUCUGACGUGACCCGUAAUGGGAUGUCUUCAGAUCUUUAACGGCAGCGUGAACUUAGAUCUGAUUUUAAUGAGAUUGCUCUAUAUAAAAACAUAUGUUGAAGAGUCCAUAAAAGACUCCCUGCCUAUAUAUUCGUUAUUAUUAUCUUUAAAAUGUUCAUCCCGAAGGAGAUUAUCCAUUACAAAGACAUUUUUUAACAAGUUGUUACUCUAUUUUGAUUCAGAAUCUUUGAUUGUCAUGCCAAAGGGAAAUGGUUGCGAAAAUCACACUUAUUUGUACAAGUAUAUCAAAGUCUGUUGAAAUUAGUAUUUAUUUCAAUACAUGUAUGUAUAAUAUAUAUGUAAAAUAUUUUCCCUGAUCAUAAGGGGACGGUUUUGGGCCAUAAUUUGGUCCGUUUCAGCCAUAACCCUGCCCCAACUGCACGAUGAUGUCAGUAGAAACAAUUCACUAAAAUGUGACUUAAGUUA